AACAAAUGUUGGAAAGUAGCAGAUGUAAGAUAAAAAAAUCAUGAUAUUUUGUUAUCACUUUGUAUCACUGAUUGAUUACUGUCAGAUAAAUACUGAUGUCAAUAUAAACAGAGGUAUAAACUGUGAACUGUCAGGAUGUUUAACAAAUUUCUCAUCCAAGAGGUUCCACAAACAUUCAGAAGAAUUCAAAGAUAUGUAUCUUCUUAUGACAACACUAGAAAAAAUAUCAUGAUCAACAAGAGCACAAAGGUUAUAGUUCAGGGAUUUACUGGGAAGCAAGGAACUUUACACAGCAAAGCUUCCUUAGGAUAUGGUACAAACAUAGUAGGUGGAGUGAACCCCAAAAAAGGUGGACAGAAGCAUUUGGAUUUGCCCAUCUUGAGUUCUGUAGCAGAAGCCAAAAAAUUAUUGGAUCCACAAGCUACAAUCAUUUUUGUACCACCACCUAGUGCAGCUAAGGCUAUAUUUGAUGCCAUUGAUGCAGAAAUACCUCUUAUAGUAUGCAUUACUGAGGGCAUUCCAAUUCAUGACAUGCUAAAAGUCAGGCAUGCUUUACUUCAGCAAGAGAAGUCAAGAUUGGUUGGCCCAAAUUGUCCUGGAGUGAUAGCUUCUGAUCAAUGCAGGAUUGGUAUUAUGCCUCCACCAAUACACAAAAAAGGAAGUGUUGGAAUUGUUUCAAGAUCUGGAACCUUAACUUACGAAGCUGUUGACCAGACUACGAAAUUCGGUUUGGGACAAUCUCUUUGUGUAGGAAUUGGAGGAGAUCCUUUCAAUGGAACCAGUUUCAUUGACUGCUUGGAUGUAUUUUUGAGAGAUGAUAACACAAAAGCAAUUGCACUAAUAGGUGAGAUUGGAGGCCAUGCAGAAGAAGAUGCAGCUGAAUUUCUGUCCCAGUACAACGUUGGCAGUAAGGCCAAACCGGUGGUUGCAUACAUCACGGGGUUAAGCGCGCCCCCAGGCCGCAGGAUGGGGCACGCAGGGGCCAUAAUCAUGGGAGGAAAGGGUCGGGCUCAGGAUAAGAUCGAGGCCUUUGAAAGCGUGGGAGUCAAAAUUUCGAAGUUUCCUACCAUGAUUGGAGAGACGUUGCACGGUCUUAUGAAGAGAAAUAAGUUGAUUUGAAUGAUUCGAAGGAGAUUAGGUAUUUCAUAGGAAAAUGUCAUAGUGUUUAAUGAAAGUCUGAUCAAUGUUUGUUCGUAUUUAAAAAUCACGUUGUAUAUCAGUUAAUCUUGAUGGAUGAUGAAUAAAAUAAUCGUAAAUUCAGA